AUGUUGCCCCAGGGCACGGACCCCCAUGACUUAAACACAGCUAUGGAUUCAGCUACCGACUUGAAAAAUGGCCGGUCAUCGCGCUCCUCCGCUUCACCUUUAUCGCGUCAGACCUCGACCUCAAACUCUCACUCCCUGAAAGAAGACCCUGACAGGGCCUCAGAAUCCGACCCUAUGGAAGAGAAAGUCGGCGGCAACAUUGUCGUCAAACAGGAGCCCGGUCAGCCACCGAGGUUGUCUCGGAGUUCGUCGCAGAAAGUCCCGUCGAGGCCACCGCAGCUUUUUUCACAUCUGCCUGACAGUACCAAGGAUGCCUUGGCCACCUUUUCACAAAUCGAGGACUGCUGGUACGCGAACAAGUAUAUGGGUAUCACUGAGCAUGAUGCUAUGGAGUGUGAAUGUGCUGAGGAGUGGGAACCCGAAACUGGCCGAAAUGUGGCCUGCGGUGAUGAUUCCGACUGUAUCAAUCGAUGGACCAAGAUGGAGUGUCUGGGCGACUGUGGCUGUGGCGCGGAUUGUCAAAAUCAGCGAUUCCAGAAGAAACAGUAUGCGCCGGUAUCGGUCAUCAAAACCGAAAAAAAGGGAUUUGGACUGCGAGCUGAAGUCAAUCUGGAGCCGAAUCAAUUAAUCUACGAGUAUGUGGGCGAAGUGGUGGGCGAGGCCCAAUUUCGGAAACGAAUGCGAGACUACGACGAGCAGGGCAUCAAGCACUUUUAUUUCAUGUCGCUGAACAAGGGCGAGUUUGUCGAUGCAACCAAGCGAGGCAAUCUAGGCCGUUUCUGCAAUCAUUCUUGCAAUCCCAAUUGCUAUGUCGAUAAAUGGGUGGUCGGAGAGAAAUUGCGCAUGGGUAUUUUUGCGGAGCGCGCGGUAAAAGCGGGCGAAGAGCUGGUCUUCAACUACAACGUGGACCGAUAUGGUGCCGAUCCCCAGCCCUGCUACUGCGCAGAGCCAAACUGCACUGGUUUCAUCGGUGGUCGAACACAGACGGAGCGCGCGACUAAACUAUCGAAUGCCACAAUUGAGGCUCUCGGUAUUGACGAUUCGGACGGCUGGGAUACCGUCGUGGCCCGGCGACCAAAGAAGAAGAAGACCGGAGAGGACGACGAGGAAUAUGUGGACAGCGUACAACCGAAGUCCCUGGAUGAGGAUGGUGUGACCAAGGUCAUGGCGGCCCUGAUGCAGUGCCAGGAGAAGUGGAUCGCCGUCAAACUUAUAGGACGUAUUCAGCGCUGCGAGGAUGAACGAGUGCGGAAUCGGGUCGUGAAGAUGCACGGUUACCAAAUCCUCAAGUCGCAGCUUGCCAUGUGGAAGGAUGAUCAUACCGUGAUGGGUCAGAUCUUGGACAUCCUGGAUACCUUCCCUCGUCUUACUCGAAACAAGAUCGUCGACUCCAAGAUCGAGGACAACAUUCGACCGCUUUUACAAUGUGGUGACGAGCGAGUCGCCCAAAAGGCGACAGCAUUGUUGGCUAGCUGGGCCAACCUGACCGUUGGGUAUCGCAUUCCGCGCAUGAAACGGGGCGAGCAAGCGAAGCAAACCGUGAACCAGUUUGAACGCCGUGAGUCUGGCCGAGAGCAGCAGCGCCCGCGAUCUGCCAGUCGUUCUCCACCACCCGAUGCGCAUCAACAAAACCAACUGAAGAACCGACGCGAGUCUCACAACCCUCAUAACCGGCAGCCUCGACCUAAUCGACGUAAUCGUCAGCAACAACAGCAGCAGCAGCAACAACAACCAGCCUUGCCCGAUGGAUGGUACACUGCCAAUGACGACCAGGGCCGCGUUUAUUACUACUCUAUCUCACAAGAAGUGACAUGGGACCGACCGACUGCCCCCGCAACUGGUCCUGCGGUGAACCGGACCAAUUUUAUCUUGCAGAACAUCAUCGAUGGUAUCAUGAACACUCAAGAGAAAAGCACAUCUGAGCAAAAAAGCGCAACUCCCGGUACACCCCAACCCACGUCCGAUCACUCGGGAAAGAAAAAGCGGGAAGAGGACUGGUGGAAGAAGCUGGAGCUUCACAAGCAGAAAAAACUUUACGAGAACACGCUGUACCCUCACGUCAAAGCUGUUGUCGAUAAAUACAAGCACAAGAUCCCGAAAGACGAUUUGAAACGGUUUGCCAAAGAGGCGGCCACCAAGCUCGUCGAGGGUGACUAUAAGAGAAACAAGGUUUCCGAUCCUACCAAGAUCAGCGAGAAGCACCGGCAAAACGUUAAAAUAUUCUGCACCUCAUACUUCGACAAGGCCGCAAAGAAGCACAAGGAGCGUGAGAAGCGCAAGUCCGGCAACGCUGCGCAAGCCAGUGGGACCCCUGCAGACGAAGACUCCAAGAUGUCCGACGACGAACAAGAGCCUUCGGCAGGCACGGGCACGGGCACAGCGACAUCACCCAUGGAUGUGGAUGACGACGCCUUGGCUUCUCUCAAGCGCAAGCGCCAUGACAACAUAAAUCAAGCCCCAGACCACCUUACCCCAGGUGAAAACGGAAGCACCUCCCCUUCGAAACGCCAAAAGUCCACCCCGCCCCGCCCGCCAUCACCACCUCCAGUGAGGGAUUCCAUUGACUCCAAUGACAAUGACAAUGAUGAUGAUCCCUCCCCGCCACCACCACCUCCCCCGCCGAAAGAUUCGCCAACGGAAUGA